UAUUUGCUGAAAACUGUUCGUUCCCCUAAAACGUAUUCUAUUACCGUUUCAUUCUAAAUUCAAUCUUAGUUACCAAUAAUAGAAAUCAUUUUAAAUUGAGAUAAAAAGGUUUAUACGACAUUUAUUUCUAAUUCAGCUUGUUGAAGAAGUUUUGCGUGAAAUUAAAUAAUGUGCCAUAAUACAAGAGCAAUAGAGCUGAUUAUUGUUUAAUGUCCGCAGAUGGCCAGCAAAGACCUGUGCAAGGCUGAGGUGGUAGGACUAUGAUGCUAAGGAGGUGUUUUUUAAUGUUAAAUACUUUUUUUAUGAGUUUCAUGAAGAUUUUGUGACGGACAGACAGUGAAAUUGUGUUACAAUAUUGAUUCUUGAUGAAAUAGUGCAGGAUUUCGUUAAUUAUGAAUAUGGGAGGUCUCCAACGUCAAAUCCUCAUCGCACUUCUGUGUCUCAACCUGGUGACGGGAGUGCCACAGAAGCCCAACCUGGACGCCAUCUUGAACCGCCGCACGGACGUCUACAUCGCGGGCUUCUUCCCCUUCGGCAAGGGCGUGGAGAACUCCAACACUGUAGGUCGAGGCGUGAUGCCCAGCGUGAAGCUGGCGCUGGACCACGUCAACGAGCACGACUCCGUGCUGAGGAACUACCGCCUGCACAUGUGGUGGAACGACACUGAGUGCAACGCAGCGGUCGGAGUCAAGUCGUUCUUCGACAUGAUGCACAGCGGCCCACACAAGCUGAUGCUGUUCGGGGCCGCGUGCACACACGUCACAGACCCCAUCGCCAAGGCUUCCAAACACUGGCAUCUAACACAGUUAUCCUAUGCGGACACACAUCCCAUGUUCACGAAAGAGGCGUUCCCGAAUUUCUUCCGCAUCGUACCUUCGGAGAACGCUUUCAACAUGCCUCGCAUCAGAUUGCUGGAGCAUUUCAACUGGACCAGAGUCGGUACGAUCUACCAGAACGAACCCAGAUAUGCUUUGGCCCAUAACCGUCUUCUAUCAGAUUUGGACGCGGCAAACUUUAUGGUAGACGAGUCUCAAAGUUUUGCGACAGAAGUGCGGACGGCACUAUCCAAGCUAAAAGAGAAAGACAUCAGAAUAAUAUUGGGCAAUUUCAAUGAAACCUGGGCAUUGAAGAUAUUUUGUGAAGCUUACAAACUGGAAAUGUACGGGCGAGCCUACACGUGGCUUCUGCUAGGCACUUACAGCAGCAAGUGGUGGACCAGACGAGCUCCGUGCUCUCGAAGGGAGCUAUCCGCUGCUUUAGAUACCACCAUCCUUACUGACCUGCUGCCACUUUCUACUACUGGCGAAACCACUGUAUCGGGAAUUACCGCAAAAGAUUAUCAAGUGGAGUAUGAUCGUAGAAGAGGGGUAGAAUAUUCUAGAUUCCAUGGAUAUACUUACGAUGGUAUUUGGGCGAUGGCUUUAGCAAUUCAAACGGUGGCACAUCGAGUGAAGUUAAAGUAUAAAGAGAAGACAGUACAGGACUUCCGGUACCGGGACAAAGAAUGGGAACAGCUGUUUCUGGACGCUUUGAGCAAUGUGACCUUUGAGGGUGUUACUGGUCCAGUCCGUUUCUAUGACAACGAGCGCAAGGCUUCGAUUCUCCUGAAGCAGUUCCAAGGCGAGCAGAUAGGAGAGGUGAAGGUUGGAGAGUACUGCGCAGAAAGAGACCGCCUAGAUCUGGGUAGCGGUGAUCCGUUCAAGUGGAAUGGCAAGAAUCCUCCAAAAGAUCGCACCCUCCGUCUGAUCGAGCACACUCAGGUGAACAUAACCCUGUAUGCUGUCGUGGUGUUCUGCUCCGUGCUUGGCAUCUUGCUCGCUACCGGCUUCUUGGCUAUGAACAUACACUAUAGGAAUCAAAGGUACAUAAAAAUGUCCUCUCCACACCUGAACAAUUUGAUCAUCGUGGGCUGCAUGCUAACCUACCUCAGCGUGAUCUUCCUCGGCCUCGACUCCAGCCUCAGUAGCAUCGGUCUUUCUCAGGACGUACCACGUGGAGCGGCGUUCCCGUACAUCUGUACCGCUCGCGCUUGGCUGCUCAUGGCUGGCUUCAGUUUGGCCUUCGGCGCCAUGUUCUCCAAGACCUGGCGAGUCCAUUCCAUCUUCACCGACGUCAAACUGAAUAAAAAAGUGAUAAAAGACUACCAGCUCUUCAUGGUGGUAGGUGUUCUGCUGUGUAUAGAUCUGAUCAUAAUGACCACUUGGCAGAUAUCCGAUCCGUUUUACAGGGCUACCAAACAAAUGGAGGCAUACCCUCAUCCGACAAGUGAAGACAUAGUGAUCGUACAAGAGAACGAAUACUGUCAAUCUGAGAGGAUGCCUAUAUUUAUUGGAGCCAUUUACGCUUACAAAGGACUUUUACUGGUAUUUGGAGCAUUCUUAGCGUGGGAGACGCGUCAUGUCUCAAUCCCAGCACUGAACGACUCGAAACACAUCGGCUUGUCAGUUUACAACGUACUGAUUAUGUGUAUUAUGGGCGCUCCUUGUGCAUUGGUACUAGCUGAUCACAAGGACGUCCUAUUCGUUCUGAUUGCAAUCUUCAUUAUUUUCUGCACGACUGCUACUUUGUGCUUGGUGUUUGUGCCUAAGCUACUAGAACUCCGGAGAAACGGGUCCGGUGGAACGGGCGGGGCACGUAUCCGGGCCACGCUGCGUCCCGCCGCGCCGCAUGAAUGCCGCGAGCCUGGCCCAGAACUAGAGCGCCGCAUGAAGGAGCUGCGACAGUACAACAAUAGGUACCGACGCACGCUGCAGGCCAAAGAGAACGAACUGCAGAUGCUGCUAAGCAAGCUUGGAAGUGAUGUCAGUUCAGAAUCUUCGAUCAGAGAUUCGAAGUCUCCAGCCACGCAGCGAACUCGUUUGCCCAUACCCAGAGAAAAUGUCAGUCACCCUGAAACGAGUGAUAUAACAUCAGUGUGCAGCCUCAGUGCAUCAGCCGGCGCCGAAACAGAAUACAUCGGAUUACAGAGUCAGCAGGCUAUAGAAAAGCCAAAGCCGACAGCACCUCCAGAACCUAUAAAAGAAACUCUGAAGGAACCAAAGAAGGAACAAACUAAAAACGUCUCCUUCAAGAAUCAUUUGGACUACACAAGUCCACCAGUUUCUAACAAAUCUGUGCCUGAGAAAGAUCAGCUCGCCAAACUGCCGUAUGGAUGGUCUUCUGAAGAACCAUCAGAACCUCCAAAGACCAAGAUAACGGAACCAGCAAAAGCAGAAGCCAAGACCAUCCCAGCAUUGAAAACAAUUGAUACUCCCACAGUCAAGUCAGUGCCAACUAAAGUACAGGAACCAAUGUACACCAAGGCAGCUCCCCCUAAAGUUAUCAAGACACCGGAAAUGCCGAAAAAGCAAACUAAGGCUCAAGAUACGAAGCCUCCAUACAAGACAGCACCGCGCGGUCACAGACGCAUGUCGAGCGUCAGUGCGGGCGCUUUGCUGGCCGAGCUGAUGCACGUGUCUGUGGACGAGCAUGAGCCGCCGUCCGUCGCCGCCAUUGUACCACCGAUGACGGAGAGGAAGGUCAUAGGUCAAGAACGAGACCCACCCGUUUCUUCAAAACCAAAGCAAGAGCUAGAAGAUAUUCUGGAUAUAGAUCAGGACUUUUCAUCAGCAGAAAGGAAAAAAUCAUGUCAACGAAAAGAUUCUGAGAAGAGAAAAAAGGAAAAUUUUAUCGUCGUCCAAAGUGAUCUGUGGGAUACCAACACUUUUCAAUACACUUGCCAGAAAUCACCACCGAGUCAUGCCCAUUCUCCAAUGCAGAGAAGUGUGUCCGAGAAAAGUCGACAGCAAUCAUCGCCUCAUCAUCACAGGGAAUCUGAUAGAAGUACAGAAAGAAGAGCGUCUAACACCUCCAUAAACCAUACUGGUGCGCCCAGGGUUGGUACCCCAGAAGGUUAUCGAGAGUCUGAAACACUUCGGAUGACGGAUAGACAUUCUAAACGUCGAGGAUCUGAUUUCCCACAACCAGUUAGCACACCUCCUCACCAAAUACAAGCAAAGAGAAGACAAUCCUCUGCUCAGAUGAGAUCAUAUCAAGAAGAAAUGGAAGAGAAAUCCGAAAUAGUACAACGAAGACUCGAAGAGCUACCCAAGAAGUUAGUUCAAGAAAAGCCCAUACAGGAAUCAAAAGAAAGCAUAGACAGGAAACCUGAGCCAGAUAUUAUUAGGGUUUCCAAGAAACAGGAGUCUCCAAAGAGGAUAGUCCAGGAUCCAGAUACGAUUAGGGUAACUAAGGGUCAGGAUUCGCCUUCGAAAAGGCUGAGGCAAGAGGCAGAACCGUUGAAAAGGGCAAAGGGCGCUGGAGAUUCGCCUAGGUUAUCGCAGGCCACUCAGAGCCGGCCUGAUCAUCAUAAGAGUAGCCCUAAUGUUGCCUCGAGGCAUAAGUCUGAAUCACCAGGCCAGCGAGACGAGCGCAAAACAGCGUCCUACUCCCGAAGUGACUCCAAACGGCAGGAAUCAGCUGAGAGGAAGAUGUACACCGCCAGCUCAGAAUCAGAACUGUUCGAGUGUGCGAUCCUGCCCAUCUUCCACAAACUCCUCACCGAAAGACAUAAAAGCCAGCCUCAUGGACUGAACCUCAGCUAUGGAGUCAGCUGCCCGAACAUUUCCAUCAAGUGUGAUAUUGUGGAGUAUUUAUAAGAUACAA